AUGGCUGUGUACGCUCACGCAAUAAGCUUCGUAGUACUGUGUGGAUUCACUUUGCAAUAUGGUGUGGUGAUGGAUCACACCAACAUAACUCUUAAUCAUACGUGCUCGGAAAACUCGAGUGACCAUAGCACCAAUUGCUCAUAUCGCGGCCUGACAUCGGUUCCCCGGAAUCUUUCACACGACUUACGUUCCCUCAACGUUUCUAAUAAUAACAUCUCUAUGCUCCUGGAUAAAUCGCUCGUGAACUAUACACAGUUAGAAACUUUAUACGCUAGUUAUAACUCCAUCUACCUCAUUGAGAAUGAAGCAUUUCAUGCUCUUCUGCUACUUAAGGUAUUGAUGCUUAAUCACAAUAAUAUUAGUGCCUUACCAAUUUCCCUCCUGGAGAAGAAUUGUCAUCUAUCCUCGCUAAUCCUAAAUCAUAAUAGACUCAAGAGAAUUCCUCGCAUCUUUGGAAACAACCUGCAAACGACUAAGUUUGCAGAAGAUGGGGAGGACGCAUGUGGAUGUAAGAAUUUGUCACGUUUUGAUUUGUCUUCUAAUAAAGUCAGAUCACUAGUACAAGAAGAUUUUGUAGCUUUACAGAAUUGCUCCUUCAAAAGAUUCAACUUGAAUUAUAACGAUAUAAAGAAUAUAUCUCGAGCCGUUUUCACGGAUCUAUCAGCGGUUCACUUGCUCAUCAAUUAUAUAACAUUGGCUGAAUUCCACGCCGAGUCCUUUCUGGGAAACAAGGCAAUAUUAAAGGCGACCAUAACCAGGUCGGGCAUAACAUCCAUUGUACCCAUGAAUACAUCGGAAAUACCAAGACAUCUUUUUCCAGGUUUAACAAAACUUUAUCUACGAAGCAACAAAUUGAUAACUAUUCCAAAGUAUGCUCUGGAUGGGUUCGAAAACCUCCAGGUACUAGACAUUGGAAACAAUCAGUUAUCUAGUUUUCAUAACGAGUCAUUUUGUGGAUUGAAGUCGCUGGUUAAUUUGAGACUAGCUGCAAACAAAAUUAAAACGCUUCAACGAGGAUCUUUUGCUUGCGCCGAAAAGCUUGAGAACAUUGAUUUAUCACGUAACGACCUUUCUGUAUUAGAUCCUCAAUGUCGCUUAGAAAUUAAUUCCUGUGGCCAAUUUAGUCAUACGUCGGCUCUGAGAACUCUAAACUUAUCAAGAACUAAAAUCAAAGCCGAAGAUCUAGUCCAACGUAAAAGCAAUAGAUCAUUGUUUUCAGGACUGGUCUCGUUGCGCACCCUAAGACUGCCACAUAACUUCUUUGAAGAUUUCCACCACGUUCCUAACGCUUUUACCAAACUUUGGAAUCUUCAUGAGCUAGAUCUGGCUGACUGUCGCAUACACAAAAUUGACUCGGGGAUAUUUAGGAAUCUCACGUCAUUAACAUAUCUGUCAUUGGCCUUAAACUAUAUUAGAAUCGUUCCUGAGAAAUUGGCCAUCAUUGGGUAUGAAGAAAUCAUUGAAAAUAAAGGUCCUGAGGACUACGAGUAUCAGCUUAACCUCAUGUUCCGUGAAGAUGAUGAGUGGUGGAUUAAUGAUUGCAUGAAGCCAUUCCUGCAGGAGAGGAUGCCACACCUGGAGCACAUCGUUUUCGGCGAUAAUGGCCUUCAUCCAGGGUCUUUCUACUUGAACGCCAUUUACGACGUCAUCGAGAACAGCUACAAGACGGUCUUGUUGCUUAGCAACCAGUCAGUGGAGGAUACCUGGUUCAUGACCAAACUCCGUAUGGCCGUGGAGCAUAUGAAUGACACCAAGUUGGAGAAGAUCAUCCUCAUAUUCUUAGAAGACAUCGGUGAUGACCACCUACCGUAUCUUGUAAGGCUGUUGCUGAGUCGGAACAAACCUUACUUGCUGUGGGUCGAUGAUGAUGAAGAUGGACAAGAAUUCUUCUGGGCAAAGUUUGAGAAGAGCAUGAGGGCUAACAGGGAAAUGAAUAAUGUAAUUCCAGUUUAG